UGAUGAGAUAACAACCCAGUAUAAAAAGCUGUACAAAAAACACAUCUCUCAUUUCCCUGAGCUAAUCAAGAUGUACAAAACCCUGACAUUCGUUGCCCUAUUUUUACUGGUGGGCUCAGCCCUGGCCGAUAAAGCCGAAUGCCUUAAAGGAGGUCCCAUGUGCAGCGACUGCGAUCACGAAGCGGUCUGCGUCGAUUUGGGUUUCGGUCUGAUGUUCAACCGAGUCGAAAACACGUGUGCCGAAGGAUCGAAGUGCGUCAAUGGUUCCUGCCAAGUCGGUGCCAAGUGCAACUACAAGCCAUUCACCUGCUCGGACGUCGGCAGCUUCCCGGAUCCUUACGACUGCAGGGUUUACCACGUGUGCUCGGUGAAAGGCCCUGGCCAAUAUGUCGGCCUGAGGCUUCGCUGCUUCAGCGGCAGCUACGAUUCUUCAUCUGCCACCUGCGGCUUCCCCUUAACCACAGAUGCCUGCCUUAACGAACCCGUGCCCAGGUGUUUGGCUCCUCUUCAACUUGGAGCAUUGCAAUCCGACCCGUCUGUCUACUACCUCUGCGUCGACGACGGUAAGACCCUCGCUCCAGAGAUGUACAAAUGCACCGGCGGAAGAGUCUUCGACGAGUCUAAGAUGGCUUGUACUGCCACCAAAAAAUCAAAGAAAGUGAAAUAAUCUGAGGAUCUUCUACACUUGCGACGUUUUAUAUGUUGUUUUUGUAGUUUUAUUGAAACUGUCUAAAUAAAUUAAGAAAUAUACUCGCUAA